AUCAUGACCAGCACUUUUAGACUGUUUAAAGGAUCCCAAGAACAGGUCCUUACAGUUUAUACAGGUCAUUCUAUAUACAUCACUUGCACAUCUGUCCCUCAAAGGUUUGGCCCCCUGCUACGACUAAUCAAUGUAGCGAGGCCUAGUGUAUAAAAGGAAGUCAACCCUAAAUGCCUACGGCGACGUUACGCUUAUAGUUCACACAUUUACUCUUCAUUCGAGGGUUAAAAGCUUGACAUCUACGAUUCAUAUCAUCAGUGCGACUCUGCUAAACAUUGAGAGAACAUCUCCUCGUUCAACAGAUUCAUUUCACAAAAAAAGCGAUUAAGAAUGUAUUCCAUGGAGAACUUGCUGCAACAAGAUUACAGAUCUGGCACAAGUGCCUUUCGCUUUCCAUAUGGAAGUCAAGCAGAUAGAGAGAUGGGAUUUUUAAGAGAAAGUUUGUCUUUCGAGAAAAGCAGCAAAUUGGCGAUUACAAGUGAUAAAAAUGAAGACGUCGACAGCGAAGACGAAAUACUGAAGGAGAAGGAAAAGGCAAGGUCGAAGAUGCUUGAAGACAAGGAAGAUGAAGAAGAUCAAGAUGCAAGAGACAACAGAAAUCUGUCAGAGACAUUUGUGGCAGUAAUAGCACAGUCAAUUUUGAGCGUGCCAACCAAGCGUAUGACCCUUAGUUCUAUCUACAGCUACAUCGCCAACAACUAUCCUCACUUUGACAAAGAAAAAGGUCCUGGAUGGCGAAACAGUGUUCGACAUAAUCUCUCAAGCAACGACUGCUUCGUGAAGGCAAGUCGUGCGGAGAACGGCAAGGGACACUAUUGGAUGAUCCAUCCAAAAGAUCUUCCAGAGUUCUCGAAAGGAAACUUCCGACGUCCUCGAAAGCCAAGAAGACCACGAUGUACCCAUGGAAUCGGCUGUCUGUCHGAGAGAACCAUAUUCCCUUCAGCACUUGGAGGUAGCUACUAUAUGAAUCCUUAUUCCUCAAAGCAUCCAGAAUACGACUACUCACUACCUAUGAUAGCUUCCUCUCCUGAUGUCUUCUCCAGAGCCUAUGGAGUGCCCUCAAGGUACGACGCCUUUCAACGGGACGACGGACUCGGGAUUUCAAGCUACCACAGCCUUUCAUCAUCCUCCUCACCGACAUAUCUUGGUUUUCCAUGGCCCGACAGUUCUGUCUUCAGAAACUACGCUGCCUUAAGCCAUGCUUACUAUCCCUAUGUAAUAAUGCCACCUUCAGUAAGCGAGGUAUCAGUACAGAACGAUUCUUCUUCAAAGUCCAAAAAUGAUUAAGAAAACUUUAUAUUUAGUAUAAGAAAAUUGUACAUAGCCAAGCUUGGAUAAUUUAUUUCCAAUUUAAUGAUGCCAUUCCGAUGUAAUUGCAAUUCGAAGUUUCCAGAUUAACGAAAUCUUAUAGUUGAAGAACUAAAGAAACAGAACUGAUCAAAAACCCUAUACGCUGGAGUACCGAUCCAAGGCAUUCCAUAGAAAGAGCUUGAGCUAAUCUCUUGGAUACAAAUCUUAUUGUUUUGGCUUUGUUUAUAGGCUUUCGGGUAUUGUAAAUAAUCAAAAGGUUCUGGUAUGUAGUUGUGGUCCAACUGAAACACGCAAACUUUUAUAAUCCAAGUAGUUUUAAAUUAUCACCAAGAUGUAUCAAACCACACUAUACGAGAAACACUCCUUGGUUUUAUUUUAUCAUUAGGAUGAGAAUCUCAAACGGUUAUUUAGUACGGAAGAGAAAAAACAUUGUAAAUAUCGAAAUAUUAUUAUUUUUUA